CGGCGCUCGGCCGGCCGCCCUCCGUAGGGCGUGCGACGCGCUGGGGGACUCUAGGCGCUGCCAUCAUGUCGACGGCCAUGAACUUUGGGUCCAAGAGCUUCCAGCCGCGGCCCCCGGACAAGGGCAGCUUCCCGCUGGAUCACUUUGGUGAAUGUAAAAGCUUUAAGGAGAAGUUCAUGAAGUGUCUCCGUGACAAUAACUUUGAAAAUGCUUUGUGCAGAAAUGAAUCAAAAGAAUAUUUAGAAUGCAGGAUGGAGAGGCAGCUGAUGGCACAGGAGCCCCUGGAAAAACUGGGCUUUGGAGAUUUGAAGGACAGAAAGUCUGACCGAGACUGAACCUGAUGAAAGGCCGCACAGCUGGGGGGGGGUCCGGACGACCCUGCCCCCCGCGGCUUGGGGUGGGGGGGCUCUGGGGGCGCCCGCCAGAUGCCGCUGGAAGUCAGAACGGACGCCCCUCCCCGAGGACGCAGCUCGCGGCCGGGCAGGGGCUUGUCUUCCGACGCUCCCGAGGACGUCGGAACCCCGUCGCCCGUCACAGCCCUGCCGUCCCAGCGGCGCUGGGUGCGUCUGAAGUCGCGGGUGCGACGGGCUCCCGCGGAGGUGGCUGCCGUGUGGCGUGCGCCCAGUGACUGGUCACCUCGGGCUCCUGGGGGCGCUGGUUCGCGUCGCGGUCUCCGCGCGUCUUCUGUGUGACGUGCGAAAGGGUCGCAGUGUCGUCGUUUGGCGCACAGGGGUCGUCGGGAAGUCGUCCCCCAGCACACGGUUCCUCUUCGUAUUUUGGACGCAGACACAAAUGCCCCUCACCUCCUUUUGUUAACAAGAACAGAGGACGAGCCCAGAAGUGGGAAAUGGGCUUUUGACGUAUCUGACGUCUCGAUUUUUUUUUUUAUGGUGACGCCUGGCACCGAGUAUCUGUCUGAUCAAGGCUCGUUUUCUGGUUCAUGUCAGACCGUAUUUGUAAAACUAGAUGUUGGGUUGGUUCCAAGAACGCACUUGCUGUCGCUGAGAAACA